AUGGGCUUUGAUGACGCAGUGCAACAAGAACAAGAAUACCGGCUGCCCUCUCCAACCCCAAUGCCAGCCCCGGCGCUAAACGCGUUGUGCGAAGACGCCAUGGCCAAACCUGAAUUCCAAUUUGCCCUGCAGCGCGGGGGGCCCUGCGUGUGCGCGCCCGUUGCAGUCCUGCCCAUCGGGGGCUGCUCGAAUGUGCGCUGUUCUGUUCUGUUCUGUUGCGCUCUGCCGUGCCGUGUCGUGGCGCAUAUCGGCGUGUAUGUGUGGUGUGGGUGGUGUACAUACAUAUGUACUAUGUACAUAGUAGACGGAGAAAACGCCCGCAAGACACAACACCACACCACACCACAUCAGCGCCAGUUCACCAUCGUGACCCUACUAGGCAUACGCGUCGGUGUAGGCGCUAUCCAAGACGCGUCUUUCCCCUCAAGCCCCCCCGAACUUCACCCCGUACUUCACCGAGUGGCAAGCCAUCCGUCUCCAUGUCCAACGUCCAGAUGCGCCUCGACUGGUAGUUGGUUCUAG